AUGUCACUUAAUCAGUUGCAGGAUCUUCAAUUUCAACUGAAGUUCGUCGCAAAACAGUUUGCAAAGAACUCCACGCGCUGUGAAAAGGAGCAAAAGCAGGAGAUGCGGAAGUGUAAGCAGGCAAUGGAGAAGGGAAACAUGGACGGGGCCCGUAUCUUCGCACAGAACAGCAUCCGGAAGAAGAACGAAUCCAUUAAUCACCUUCGCCUCGCGGCUCGCAUGGACGCAGUCGUGUCAAGGCUGGAUACCGCCAUAAAGAUGAAGAUGGUGACGAAAGGCAUGGGGCAAAUGGUGAAGGGGAUGGACACGGUGCUCCACUCAAUGAACCCGGAGGCUAUCUCGAGUCUCAUGGACAAGUUUGAGAAACAGUUCGAGACAAUGGACGUCACCUCGGAAUACAUGGAGAACGCCAUCGGACAAACAACGGCGACAAGUAUGCCGGAGGAUGAGGUCAGCAUGCUGAUGGCGCAGGUGGCGGACGAACACGGCUUAGACAUCAAACAGCACCUGGAUGACAGGAUUAGAAUCAGCAAAACGAACCCCAUGGCGCAAGCCUCUGUGGAACCAGUUGAUAGUGAAAAAGACGAUCUGGAGGAGCAGUUUGCCCGACUUCGAGGGAAGCAAUGA